CAUCGUAUCUUCCUAGGUAAAGGUACCUAGGUAGGCACCUGCCUUUAGUUUUCUGCAUUAUCGAUUAUUACCAAUCAGAUUCAUGUGACUAAAUUCCCGGCCUCUCAAGAUUGCCAGUUGGCAAACCCCUCCUCAUCUCAAAUCCACUUGAACGUCACAAACGUCGACCGUGAAGCUAGUCGUCCAGCUUGUUGAGAGACAUGGAUCCACAACCACCUCCAGUCAGCGAGCGGGCGCAAUCAGCUGAUGCCCAGCAUGCCAUUAUCAAGCCCUUCCUGCCCAAGUUCACCCACAUAGACCCCGUCAUCUUCGUGCUAGCGCAGGACGACUUCACACAACCGACGAGGCAACCGGCUCAGGACAGGGUGGAGAGAGUCAAGCGCAUGCUGGGGACCAUUGAUGCAUACAAAUACGAGGUCCGGGUGAACUUUCAUCAUCUCGUCCGCCAAGAGAAGCGCCGCAUCGAGCAAAGUAAUCUCCAGUACGAGCAGGCACACAAGGCUGUGGGAGAAACGGAGUCUGACGUCUCGAUCGAUGACAUGCGAGGUAUUAUGGCUGCCAUGGAUGCCCAGGCCGACUCGAAAACAAUCUACCACAUGGAGGAGACUGCUCAGCAGCUGGGAGUGCGGGAGCGAUUCUAUGGCGAAGAAGAGCCUUUCGACCGAGAGAACAGCCUUCGGCAACUGGGCCUGGUGGCUGAGGAAGGCAUCCAUCACAUCGACGGAUUCCUGACGCAUAUGGAAAGCCUACGAGCAAAAUGGGAGGCAAUCCUUGAGAGAGAACAGGUCGCGCUAGAGGGGUUUGUGGCAGCCGCAAGGCCGACGCCAGACGAGCAUCGGCAGUGACGCCAUGACCUGCGCUGACGCCGUUGAUUGCGCAUCGCGGACACAAGUUUGCGCAAACCAAUCGAGUACGAGGGAAGACAAGGCUGAAGCCCCUCAAGAGUGCCGGAUAGGCGGAUGUAUGUAGCUGCCGGCGGUAAGAGGCCCUGGCCAUUGAGAGCCGGACCAGGAGUCCGAGUCUCUCACGCGCUUCCAUAAACGGAGCCGAGGAAUUAAUCUAGAGCACAAAAUAGAGGAAGACUCGACUAAGGCCAAGGCGCCGAACGAGUCGGAACACCUACGGCGCAAGUUUACCUACGAGAAAUUAUGCCCAUGAUACAAUUUGUUGUGGAAGAAAAAACGAGGGAAAAAAACCAAGUGGGAUCUGACCAUUUGAACGUUUUCCAGGUGGGGCAAAGAGUUCAAGUAGGGCCCACUCGAAGCUGCCGAGCCAGCGACGGUUUGGCCCCGCCUUCAGUCGUUGAGCUAGCCAAUUGCG